GGCUCGCACACCCGCAGACCGGGGGCUGGGGAGCCGCGGGGCUGCAGCCACUUGCUGGGUUCCCCCUCGCCGUACCGUGCUGCGGCUCUUGAACUGAACCUCUUCUUAGGGGGCGAGCCAGGUGGAGGGAAGAAGGGGAAGCAACAAGUCCGCCCGCUCCAUCUCCGGGAGGGCGCCCCCCUACCUCCCCAUCUCCUCCCCGUGCACCUGAAAUCUCGCUGACAAGUGACAGGCGUUUGCAGGCGCCACGCUUGGGAUACUUCUCAAAGGUUUUUCUCCAGGCGGGUCGGGGAUCUGAAACACUCUCCCUCCCCGUCCCCCCCAAAAAAACCACCCUGCUGCUCUGUUUUUGCCCGGCUGGUUUUUUGGGUCUCGCCCUCUCUCCCGCUGGAUGGUUGGUUUUUGAUCCCUCCCGGGGUGCCGUUGGCAAUGAAGGCACUGCUGCGUGCUCUCUCUUUGCAUUGAAAGCGUGUAACCCAUUUCUGGGCUUUUGCUUUAUUUUUUCAGCUGGUUUUUUUUUUUUGCCUCUGUAAACUAGUUGCCCCCGCCGGGGGAGGGGAAGGGGGGGCGAGGAAAAACUACUGCAUCUGCAGGGUGGAAAAGCAUGUUGGGGAAAAGCCAAGAAGCCAAAAGACAGGAUGGCAACGGGGAGCCGAGCUGCCUUGGGGGACAGCGCUGCUGUCCUAGCUGGACUCUGCCCUCCAGUUCGCUGCUGGCUGCUUUUCUGUCAGUGGUGGCUGUAGCCUCCUGUGUGUAUCUGGGGGUGAAGACCAGUGAUCUACACGCGAGGGUCUCUGCCAUCGAGAGCGCCCAAGGGGACUUCUCUGCUGCUGCUUCUUACCAGCUGCUGCCCGGUUUCUCCCUGGAUCAGCUAAAUUCAAUGAUGCAAGAAAAAGUGGAGCGACUUCUAGCUCAGAAAUCCUACGAGCAUUUGGCAAAAAUAAGAAUAGCAAGAGAAGCGCCUCCAGAGUGCAACUGCCCAGCAGGCCCUCCAGGGAAACGAGGUAAGAGGGGCAGAAGAGGAGAGACCGGACCUCCUGGUCCUCCUGGUCCAAAAGGCGAGAAGGGAGAUCAAGGUGAUCAGGGCCCUCGGAUGGUGUUUCCUAAAAUCAAUCAUGGGUUUCUCUCUGCUGAUCAGCAGCUCAUUAAACGCCGCCUCAUUAAGGGUGAUCAAGGACAAGCUGGACCCCCUGGUCCUCCAGGGCCACCAGGACCCAGAGGUCCUCCAGGAGACACUGGCAAAGAUGGCCCCCGAGGGAUGCCUGGAGUACCGGGAGAGCCAGGAAAACCAGGUGAACAAGGGUGGAUGGGGCCUCAGGGACCUCCAGGACAAAAGGGUUCUGUUGGAGUGCCUGGUGUUCCAGGAAUAGAUGGACAUAUGGGUGAACCAGGUUUGCCUGGUGCAGUGGGAGAACGCGGAGCACCAGGGCUUAAGGGUGACCCUGGAGAACGAGGAGAAAAGGGUGAUGCUGGAGAAAACGGAUCCAAAGGUGACAUGGGUGAAAAGGGUGAUCCUGGAUCUUCUGCUGCAGGAAUUAAGGGAGAACCUGGAGAAUCUGGUCGGCCAGGACAAAAGGGUGAACCAGGUCUUCCUGGGCUUCCUGGACUCCCUGGGAUAAAGGGUGAACCAGGUUUCAUUGGUCCACAGGGAGAACCUGGAUUACCAGGGUUACCAGGAACAAAGGGUGAAAGAGGAGAAGCAGGGCCUCCUGGAAAGGGUGAGCGAGGUGAACCUGGAGUUCCUGGGCCAAAGGGGAAAUCAGGCGAAUCUGGAACUAGAGGCCCAAAGGGGUCAAAGGGUGAUACUGGAGACAAAGGUGAUUCAGGAGCAAUAGGUCCUAGGGGCCCGCCUGGACAAAAGGGAGAUCAAGGUGCAACAGAGAUAAUUGACUACAAUGGCAAUAUCCAUGAAGCUCUGCAGAGGAUUACCACCCUAACUGUCACGGGUCCACCAGGGCCACCCGGACCUCAAGGAGCACAAGGCCCAAAGGGUGAACCAGGAUCCCAAGGAACUCCAGGAGCUGAAGGGGAGCAGGGUCCUAAAGGCUCAAAGGGGGACGUGGGUGAGUCUGGCAUGCCAGGAGAAAAGGGAGGAAUUGGACUCCCAGGCUUACCAGGAGCCAAUGGUAUGAAAGGAGAAAAAGGAGAUGGUGGUUUGCCUGGUCCUCAAGGUCCUUCUAUCAUAGGACCCCCAGGACCACCAGGGCCGCAUGGGUCACCAGGCCCUAUGGGACCCCAUGGACUGCCUGGCCCAAAGGGUGAACCAGGGUUAAAUGGUCUUAAAGGAUUGAAGGGUGAACCAGGUCAAAAGGGUGACAGAGGGCCCCUUGGUCUUCCAGGAGCAUCUGGCUUAGACGGAAAGCCAGGACCCCGGGGUAUGGAUGGCCCACUCGGUCCACAUGGCCCAGCAGGUCCUAAAGGAGACAGAGGUGAAAAGGGAGCUGUUGGUGACCCUGGAUCCAGAGGACCAUAUGGUUUGCCUGGCAAAGAUGGCGAGCCUGGCCUUGAUGGUUUCCCUGGUCCUCGAGGAGAAAAGGGUGAUCUAGGCGAAAAGGGAGAAAAGGGAUUCCGUGGAAUUAAGGGGGAAAAAGGGGAGCCAGGCCAGCCAGGCCUGGAUGGGCUGGAUGCCCCUUGCCAAUUGGGGCCGGAUGGAUUACCAAUGCCCGGCUGCUGGCAAAAGUGAUGAAUCUAACCUUAGAAGCAUGAAGUUGUGUAUAAUGCUCCACUUUUUGUAUUUAUAGUUGAAAACAGAAAUUUUAUUUUACAAGUCUGAGAUAUGUUUACAUGUAGCUGCUUCUACUUGUUUGCAGUAGUCCAUGUGUACAUUUUCUUCACUUACAUCUGCAGUUAGGCAAUAUAUAUAACCACAGGAGAAAUCUGCAAAAAUAAAGAUUAGUCUCUCUAUAGAGAUAUCUAUACAGAGAUAAAUCAUGGAGAUUUAGUUUUUUCUGCAAGUUCUCUUAUUUUUGGCUUGUGGACCUGCAUGGACAAUGAGUGCCAUGAACUAGUUUACAUGAAAUUGUGACCAAAUAUGAGCUAAAUGCUAUGAAAUGUACUGUACCAACUGCCA